AUGGCAGACAUUGUCGCAAUCGCAAGCAGAGGGGGGUUCCGCCCCCAAAAGGAGCUCGGCCGCCAAGCUACCCGCGAAACUCUAGUUAGUAAGCGCAUCGUCGACCAAAAAAAAAAAAUCUGCGGGCAAAGCAGCUUUCACGAAGGGAGCUGGCGGAGUGGGACUUCUAUGAAUGCGACAAUGGAGACAACUUCACUAUCUUCACCCGUGAAGAAGCGGAAAAACAAGGAUGAUGACCACAAGUCGUCCAAGAAACGAAAACAUCUCGAUGAUGGUCCGCCCUCGAGCCCGGAACAGACGAAGAAAGACAAACACCACCGCAAAAACAAGAGCACCGACGAGCCAUCACGUCCUUCGGGAUCGAGAAAAUCGCAUGGCAAGGCUUCCGCGUCUCAAUUGGAUUCCCCCGACUCUUCGCCUUUCCAUCUAGUCACCACGACCUUGUACCUCCCUCUAUCUCCCAUCUCAAUCUCGCCAACUCACGCUCUACCUUGCUUAAUAUCCGAACACGUUGCGCCAUUGCUAUUAACGUACUAUCCGCCUGUCAAGGGGAUAAUCCUCGCAUUCUCCAACCCAUCAAUCUCCUCUACACCCCCCCAGUCCACGUCCGCCGCACCUCAAAACAACACGAACCCCCAAUCGCUCACCCUCGCCACAACAGCCGGCGAAUACGGCGUCCUAUACGUCUACCUCACAAUUACCCUCCUCGUCUUCCGUCCAGAGCGUGGCCAAACCCUCCAGGGUUGGAUAAACGUCCAAUCCGAAGGCUUCCUGGGCGCCGUCGUACUCAACCUCUUCUCCGUCGGAAUCGAACGCAAACGCCUCCCGCCAGACUGGAAAUGGAUAGCUCCCGGCCAACAGCCAACGGCAGCCAACCAGGAUGAAGAUGAACACGGAGAAGGGACUUUUGAUCCUGGCUCGGCCUUGGAUGAAGAUGACGCCGGACGUCUUCUCAAUGAGCAUGACGACGAGGUAUCUGCGGCCAUGGGCUACUUUCAGACGGGUUCUGGGAAGCGGAUCCGUGGCACGAUUGAGUUUCGUGUGCGCGAUGUCGAUGUGAUCCCGGGCAGUGAGCGGGAUAAAGGGUUUAUUAGUCUUGAAGGAACGAUGUUGAGUCCGGAGGCAGAAGCGAAUUUAGUCAGUGAGGAGAAGAGGCGCAUUAUGGGUCAUCAAGCGGGCGUGAUUGAUGUGCAGGCGAACGGUGAUGAUGUAAAUAUGAUGUCGGGAGGACUCGUCGACGAGGAAAGGGGUAAUGAGCACACGGCAGGAAGUACAGAAAAGAAGAAGAAGAAAAAGAAAAGGUCGAAAGAAUAG